AUGGAGCCCUUGCGAGUCUGUAUCGUCUCCAGCACGACAACGCUCGAUUUCAGGACUCUCUGGGCCCAGGUAGCGACGAACGCUGAAAGAUUCCGGGGACAUGGUGUCUUGAAAGGCUCGAGAAUUGUCAUCGUGUCGCAGUCUUCCCCGGCUGCGAUUGUCGCCCUGCUUGCCGUUCUCAGCGCGGGAGCCAUUGGCGUACCGUUGAGCUCGUCGUUGCCCGUGUCUCGCAUCCAAUCAAUCGCCCAACUAGGAGGAAUCACGCAUCUGAUUGACCUCACGGAACCUUCCAAGCAGAUCAGCCUACCCGAUGUUACUCGACUUACACUUGAUUUAUGCGUGCAGGGAACAGCAUCACAACCUGUACCCAAUUUGUUUCCAGAACAGGAUGCGAAGUCACCAGCCGUAGUAAUUUACACCUCUGGCAGCACUGGAGAGCCCAAGGGCGUUGUUCACUCUCAUGCAAGUCUCAGUACGAUGGCUUUCGCAGUAGGUAAUGCCCUACGACUGGGACCAGCCGAACGCAAUCUUCUAUUUCCAUCUUUCGGUUGGGCCUCUCAUGGGCUAGAGGAUACCAUCACUCGCUUUGCUGCCACGCGAACAACCUUACCAUCUUCGGUGCUGGGAAUAAUGGGUGUAACCGCCGUCCCAAGCCUGACUGGCCUCGUGCUGGCUGGAGAACCAAUGCGACCAGAUCUGGUAGAUUCUUGGAGUUCUCGCCUGAAGAUUUACUGGAACUACGGCUCUUCGGAAACCCUCAUGGUUCUGGUUGGGAGUGUCAACGAAGGCGACAUGAUGAACUCGGGUCAUGCCCUCCAGUGUUGCCGUUGCUACCUUGUUGAUGAUGGUGGACUUCCGGUUCUCCCUGGAAAAGCUGGUCAACUUGUUGUCGAAAGCUACACCAACUUCAUGGGAUAUUUACGGGAAGGCAAAGUCCAUCCCAGCGAGCGUAGCUCAGGAUGUUGUCCAAUCGUGCGUUCUGGAGACCUCUUUUUGCAAGACAUUCGGAAUGCAACUUUCACCCACAAGGGACGUCUCGACUGUCAACUGAAAAUCUCUGGCCAAAGAUUUGAGCCGCAGGAGGUGGAGAACAAGCUUCUAUCGGCUCUGGAGAAUGUCAAGGAGCUGGCCGUGACGGUCGCCAUCUUGAAAGAGAAUUCUAGCAGGCCUGCUCUCGUGGUGCUCGUCGUUCUCGAGCAACCUUCUGCUACGAAAAAGGCUUCUCUCACCCUUUCGGAGUCUUCAUUUACAAAUCUUGUGCAGACCCUUCCAUCCUACAUGAUUCCAGUCGGGGGCCUAUCCGUCGGCAAGCUCCCCAGGCUUCCCAACGGCAAGCUCGAUCGCAGAAGCCUUGUUUCUCUGGCAGAACAGAGAACAUUGGCCGAACUGAUCGACAUGCGACCUACUACAGAUUGCCAGCUGCAGGAGUACGACGUUGCAGUGGCAGACAAGAUCGCUCUUGUAUGGGCAAACGUCUUGGGCUUGGAGGUUGCGGCCAUCAAACCCACCUCCAGCUUCCUUCUCCUAGGCGGCAACUCUCUCUCCGCACUUCGAGUGUGCAAAGAACUGCGCGCGGCUGGUAUAAUGUCGUCAAUCUCCGACUUUUUUCUCCAUCCGACUUUGAAGGCAAUUGUACAAUUAGUUGCCGAGCGAAGCACGCCUCAAUCAGACAAAGCUCGUGGACCGCCGCUGAGAAACCAGUUUGUCGCUGACGUAAAUGCCGAUGAACUUCUUUCUAUGGCUUCAGAGCAGUGUGGAGUUAGUGAGAAGCUGAUUGAGGAGGUAUUUCCGUGCACGCCGAUGCAGGCGGCGCUGAUGACGCUCGGUGAAGUCCAAGACGGUGCGUACAUUGCGGAGCAUGCUUUUCGUCUCCCGAGAACCUGGGCGAAGACGGACUUUCUUCGCGCCUGGAAUGUCGUUCUCCGGAAUACACCGAUGUUGAGGAGCCGCAUCGUGCGCCAUCAGAACGGAAGACUGUAUAACGUCACGAUGCUGUUUGAUGAAGGUUGCGCACUGCCAUUAGAGUCUUUUUCUCGGCAAACUCCAAUGACAUGCGGAUCUCAGCUAUUUCAGCACUGUAUUCAUGACGCUCUGGGAGAUGAAGCUGGCUCAAUCUGGCGUUGGAGGAUUCAUCAUUCCGUAUAUGAUCGAUGGUCAACCCAUCUGAUCCUCGAGAUGACCCAGAAAGCAUACAGAGACCAACGGAUACCUUCACCGACACCAUUCUCGACAUUUUCAUAUGCCGUGGUGAAUGAACAGUCGUCCGAAGGGGCCAAAGAGUUCUGGAGAUCUAGGCUGGAAUCCUUCACUGGGAGUGUUUUUCCGCAACUCCCUCUCGAUCGGUUCAUCUGCCGGGCAUCAAGCUGCAUCACUGUCGAGUGCAAUAUUCAGCAUCGAUCUUCCGCCGUAACUCAAGCAACAUUCAUUCAAGCCACUCUUGCUUUGAUGAUAUCCAAAGUGCAUGGAGAGUCAGACGUGGUAUUUGGCAUGACUGUCCAUGGACGGGGGAUGUCCAGCGAUCUGGAUCUGGAGACAGUAGUCGGCCCGACCAUCACAAGUGUUCCGAUGCGUAUUCAUGUGGAUCCGCAACUGCAGGUCCGUAAAUUCCUCGAGCUUGUACAGACCCAAGUCGCCCUGACGUCGGAUCACGAACAUUACUCUCUGCAAAACAUCAAAUCGCUUGGGCCAGGAUCUGCGUCUGCCGCAUCGUUCACGACACUUCUCAUUAUACAGCCGGAUUUCGAGUCUCGCUUUAGCCGUGACGCCGAAGCUGUUGUCGAGAUCGAAAAUGGUUCUUCUGAUUCCUACGUGGACUACCCACUGGUCGUUGAGUGCUUCCCACGCUCAGGGGGCGUCACAGUGAAGAUGCUGUACGAUCCAGCCGUUCUUCCCGGGUGGGACGUCGAAAUGAUGGCAAAGCAGUUCGAGCAAUUGCUGCUCCAGAUCGAGUCCAGCAUAGAUCCAGCAACGGUGGUUUCAGACUUGAGACCCCUGACACAUCAACAAGCUGCAGACAUCCUCAAGUUCAGCUGUGGCGAUCUGGCUGAGUAUCAAGAAUGUCUCCAAGAGCGAAUCUUCGCCAAAGCAAGAGACUGGGGGACGAACGACGCUGUUCAAGGGUGGGAUGCCAGAUACACCUAUUCUGAGCUGCAAAGCACCGUCAAGCUGCUCUCUCCGCGUGUCUCAUCUCAUCUCGGAGGCACGACUGAUGCAAGAAUCAUCCCCAUCUGUUACGAGAAGUCGGCGGCUGCAGUGGUCGCGAUGCUGACCACGCUAUCAGCGGGCUACGGCUUUCUCAUGAUCGAUUCCGGCCUUCCCACCGAUCGUAUCAAGUACAUGCUUGAGGCCAUCGGGGCAAAUUGUGUUGUCUGCUCGAACGCUACCCAAGGACUCGUUCUAGACAUCGGAGCACGACCAAUCAACUUUGAGGGCAUGUUCCACGAUAAGAGUUCCCGGGCGGUGUGCUCCUCAGACGCCGCGAUGUGUUCUCCGGAGUCGCCCGCGUACUGCAUAUUCACCUCAGGCUCAACCGGAUAUCCCAAGGGAGUGGUCCUGCUACAUAAACAAGUCACAAGCGGCCUCGAGGCCCAAUGCAGUGUUGGGCUCUAUCCUCGCGGUGCCCGUCUUCUCCAGUUUUCCAGCUACAGCUUCGACACGUCCAUAGCUGAUAUCUUCGCGACGUUGUUGAGCGGCGGCUGCGUGUGCAUCCCAAGAGAUGAGAGCAAGCUGCUGCAGCUUGCCAAGAACAUUAACGAGUUCUCCGCCAACGUGAUUGACCUGACGCCGUCGGUAGCAAGAAUGAUUCAGCCAGCCGACGUACCAAAGCUGGAGGUUCUCCGCCUGGGAGGAGAGUCAAUGCACCAGCAUCACAUUGAAACAUGGGCGAAGCGUUGCAACCUGCAGAACACGUACGGCCCGACCGAGUGCUGCGUUCAGUGCACGUUUGUCGACCAUAUUGACAACUCUACGCCUUCUUCGGUCAUUGGGAAAGGCAUUGGAUGUCACACGUGGGUUGUUGAUCCGCAGACUCACGACCAUCUAAUGCCGUUGGGAGCUGUUGGUGAGCUCGCUAUUCAAGGCCCCGCCGUUGCUAGUGGGUACAUCAACAACAAUACGAAGUCCAAGGAUUCCUUUCUCCCCAAAGCGCCUUGGCUCGCGACCUACAACGUCGAGUGUGCUUUUCCCACAUACCUCACAGGAGACCUGGUCAAGUUCAACGAACAGGGCAACCUGAUCUUCGUCGGAAGGGGUGAUAACCAGAUAAAGAUCCGAGGACAGCGCGUCGAACUGGAAGAGAUUGAGAAUAAUCUCCAGCAACAUGCCCUCACGAAACAGGCUAUAGUAUCUUACCCAGCUAAGGGGCCACUCGCAUCGCAACUCGUGGCCAUUCUUGAACCAUCAUACAUGCGCCCUUCCAAGUCGUCAUCGCCUCCGGGCCCAGCCAUUGACUUGCAACAAAUACACAAACGGACCAAGGAGUGGAUGAAGGAGAGCGCUCAGCAGGCCGCUAACUUCCUGCCUCAUCACAUGGUGCCCUCGGUCUACCUCCGGGCAGACCGGGUGCUGCUCUCAGCAUCGGGUAAGCUCGACCGACGAUCUAUACAGCAAUGGCUGGAACAGAUUUCCGCCGACAAACUUGAGUCUCUGCAAACUUAUCGCAGGGCCAGUGGCUCUUGUGGACCCUCAAAGUCGCCAUUAUACGAAAUUCCAAAAUCAGUCAUGUUGCCCAUCAUUGAGCAGAUCCGCUACCUUCUUUCAUGGAGAUCGGGCGAUGAGGACGUCCAAUUUUCCGCUCGACACACUUUUUCCCAGAUUGGCCUCGACUCAAUCACAAUCGUGCCUCUACUAAAGUGGUUGAAUAAGACCCACGAAUUGUGCAUGGAUAUGCAGACGCUCCUGAGACUCGAAACCACCUAUGACCUUGCGUGCUACCUCCACCAAGGUAGGAAUGCGCAAAAACGGGGUGAUAGCGUCGAUAUCGAUGGAAAGUUCCAGGACAUUGUUACAAAGGGUGUCAACAGACUCUGUAACAGCAACCCAGAACAGCGGCCUCAACGAGUCCUCCUAACCGGAGGCACCAGCCUCUCCGGUCUCACCAUCCUCCUUCGCCUCUUAGACCAGUACUCGUCAGUUAACGUGACGGUAAUGAUGCGGUGUGACGAUGCUGCAACCGGGAAAAAACGCCUCGUCGAGAAGGCCCAGCUCUUAGGCUCAUGGAAGCCUAUUUUCAGCGACAGGAUCGAGAUAUGGCCAGGAGAUCUCACUCAAGAUCGCCUGGGCCUUUCCCAGUCACAUUGGGAUCAGCUUGGAGGGUAUGGAGACCCUUCCAAAUACUUUGACAGCAUUAUACACAAUGCGGCGGCAGUGGAUUGGUUCGGAGGGUUCCAGGCCCUUCGGAAGGUCAACGUAGACGCCGCGCUUGAUCUGGUGGAACGCGCGAAGGACUCUCCGGCCACCAGACGUAUUGUGUAUAUAUCCGGAGGCCCGCAGUGGGAUCCUGAGGAAUUGGCUGAAACCACCAUAUCGGAGGGGGGUGUGCUGGAAGACGUGUUAGCGCGGUCGAACGCAUACGGGCAGACGAAGUUGAUCACCGGCGCCAUCAUUCAGCGGGCGGCGGCUAGCAACCCGCGUCUGGCGGCAAAGUUCGCCGUCGUCCGUCCGGCGCUCAUCAUCGGCUCCUCGGUAGACGGGGUGCCUAACCUCGAUGACUUUGUCUGGCGUGUGGUAAUGGGCUGCCAGACCAUCCGCGCAUUCCCGGAGGAACCCAUGGAGAACUGGGUUUACCUCUGCGGCGCUGACAGGUUUGCUGACAUUGUUAUCGACAAGUUGGAUUCCUCAACCGGAGGCGAGGUAUGCGAGACGAGGGUUGAGAACGGCCUUUCUGUCGGUAGGUUCUGGGAAGUUAUCAACCAGGUAUUAUCAGAUACUGUUCUAGAGCCCCUCGAUUACGGCGCGUGGCUCAGGCGGCUGAAGAAAGAUAUGAAUGCCUCGACUCAUGAUGUAAGCUUGACGGAGAGCCAUCCGUGCCAGCCGAUUAUGCACAUUCUCGAGUCCACUUCAGAGAUUCUCGGAGCAGCAACACCCAGAUUUGAUAACCAGGAGCUGCGCUCGAGGAUGGAGGACGAGACUGCGUGGGUGUUGCAGAAAAACGUCAAAUACCUGGCUGACAUUGGGUGCUUUUCAGACGCAGCAGUGUCUUGGUCUGCAAAAGCUUUCACGCGUAGCAAGGUUCGAACAAGACUGGCAAGGAGCUUGCCUGAAUCAAACUAG